UUGACUUCUUAUCCUAAUUUCCAGACUUUCGGACGAGCUAGUUCAACACCAGGUUCAACCGUGAAAGUGCACCCUCCAAAAACUUCCACUACCAACGGCGGUGUUCGACCGUCAUCUGUUGCUAAGACAGCAGACACCAGAAUGGUUCGACCUCGAGUUCAGCCAACCCCGCGUAGAAUCCCUCUAAAUCCUUCCUUAUCUUCACAAAAUCAGAAUCCAACACCGAAUGGAAGUCCCUCCUUAGUCAGCCCCUUGAAACCAACCUCCCUUGCAUCUCCUUCAUCAUCUGUAAUGCGUGGAAAGCUACGAACGGCUUUCUCUACCUUCCGACGUUCAACGGAUAUAACUUCUACGAGAUCGCCCAUUUCAACUCCUCCCCUCCUCGCUCCAAAAUGUUCUUCUCCGCCUCCACCACCACCUCAUCGUACUACGGUCCUUUCAAAUGCCCCCCUCCACUAUGACAGUGCUCCAAUGCGAGUCCUACAUCCCCAACCGCCCUUUUAA